AUGGACGUUGAUUCCAUUGGAGAAGAUUUAGACCCAUAUGUCAUUGCCGCGAGGCAGUGCAUUGAGGAACAACAAGCCUCACUCGCCUUGGCAAAUACAAAUGCUCCCAGACUUGAAGACAACUCAGGCUCAAUGACACCGACAUUCUCAUCCGAUUUAUUCAAUGCAGGUACUGCCCCAAUUAUAUUCACCACAGACCGCGGAAAGGAGCUCUUGAAUAUGAGGAACUUGUCGCCAGAGUCAGUAACUCAGGCCGAGGAAUUCUUGAGGGCUUACAUGUGUAUGGAGUGUCUGGAUACAGUAGAGAAUAUGUUUCAGCUGUAUUUGAAUGUUCUCCAGAAUCAGGACAUGUUGCGCAUCAUGUUUAAGGACAGCGCGCUGAAAUACAAACCAACAGAAGAUGUCAAGAAGACGGCCAUAGAUUAUGCAAACCUGUUCCUGUGCUCUCCGACAGUUUUUGCCUAUAAGCAUGACUCGUUACCUCAAAAAAUUGUUGAUACUAUGCGUGAAAUGAAGAUUUCGGACUUACCACCAGCACACGAAACUGGGCACUGUAAAGUUAUUUCAGCUGAAUGCGGAGGAGCAUUGAUUCAUGGCCGGCAUGCUAUCAAGGAAAAGUGCGAGUAUUGGUCCAAAGACUGA